CAAUAACGGUGAACAAUCCAUCAACGAUAAACGGACAAAUAGUGAAAUCGAAAUAAAUACAGAUGAGUGCAUAAUAUCAAAUAUAUUUAAUUCAUUGAUAAUUAUCAACAAUCUUACAAAAGUGAAAACAAAAGUGAACGAUGUAUUCAUAUUAAUCUGUGAUCGUCUGUUGAAAAGCAAGAGGACAUUAAAACCACUGAAACGAGCCAAAAAAACUGAUUGCGUAUUAUCAGAAAAUGUACGUGUUAAAGAUGAACCAAGGAUGUUUAAUGAAAAUAUUUAUUAAUGAUAAUAUUACUGAUGAUAAUAUUAAUAAAAAUAGUGAUAAGGAAUAUUCCAUUGCUUAUUGAUUGAUAUUAAAAAAGGAACAAGGAAGAUAAAUAUGUAUAUCAUCGGUGUCCUCAUUGUAAACGAACUUUUGAAAGUGCUUUCAUUCUCGACAAGCACAUACAUUGAAUUUUUAUGCUAUAAAAACGUGUCAACUAAAAUCAAGAAUCUUUUUGGAAACACAAAACGGCACAUAAAUCGAAUAAAAAACUGACACGAGAAAAGACAAUAUUGUUGCAAAGAGAUUUUACUAAAACAAUGAUUAAACAGAAAAUAAUCGAACACGUGCAUGUGUAUACAAAUAUUUAACAUCGUUUAUUUUGUUUAUCUGCUAAAUUUGAUACCUAAGUAUACUAUUAUAUAUUACUCAAUAUAUAUUUCAUAUUUUAUUCUUGCGCGUUUUUAUCAAGUAUUACGUAUUAACAAAUUGUUCCAAGUAACAAAUUAUUUUAUCAAAUUAUUAAAGUGAACGCGAAGAAACUUAGAAUGUAAGUAAUCGCGUUCCUCCUGUUUAGAUCUAAUGAAGAAGAUAAAAAAAAAAAUAGUCGAAAGUAAAAAUUUCGAUGAAUGUAUUAAAAUUAAAAAAAAAAUAAAAAUAAAAAAAAAUUACGAGAAGAUUAAACAAAUCUUCGAGAAAAUGAAAUCAAAGAAAUGAAGAUUUGCGCAUUAAGAAAGUACAAAUUUCUUGUGAUGUCUCUAAUACUGAAAUAUCAAAAGCAUAUGUUGAAGCAUGAUGAUUUUUGUACAUUUCGAUGUGACGUUUAUGUUGAGAAAUCCAAACGUAAAAACAAUAUGCAAAAACACAAAGUGAAAGUACACAAGGAGAUACCAAUUUUAUCACGAUUAUAUUAUUUUAUUCUUACCUGCAGGAAAACGAUUCAACAAUUAGACAAAAGAAGUAUGGUCAAAAGAAGAAAUUCAGCGUUACGCUCGAGAUGGAAUGUUAAGAAAUUCCUGGACGAAUCACAAGCUUCCUACUCAAAGGAUUCCCGUCUUAAAACUAUCAAUUUUCGAUACGAACGUAAAGCGGCGAUGAAAAUAUUGAGGUCAUCUAGUACAUUGAAAAAGAGAAAUCGUGUGAAAGAAGAAACCGAAAAGGAUAAUAAAUCGCAAUCAGGAAGUAAUGAAAUUCGUACGAGUCAAGAAAUUCUUUACAAGAAACGAAACGAUGGUAAUUACACUUGCGACAUUUGUCAAACGAUAUUCAAACAAAAGAGCAAGAUAUUACGACAUAUAAUGAGUAAACAUAGCUUUCAUCGGCCAUUCAAAUGCAAUUCUUGUGGUAAAUCUUUCAAGUACAAGUGUGACUUGAAGGCACACAGAUUGAUUCAUCAGGAUUUGGAUACCAGUUUGCUUCACUGUUGCGACAAGUGUGAUUAUCGUACGAAAACGAAGAACAAUUUGAAGUCCCAUUAUAUAAGAAGACAUACAGACGAUUACAAGUUCGCUUGUGAACACUGUGGCAAACGUUUCAAGAUGGAAUGGGACUUGAAGUUUCACAUUGGUACUCACAGUAGUUCACGACAUAUGUGUGACAUUUGUGGGAAAUUUUACACCAGCGAUUACUCCCUGUAUAAGCACAGAAAGGUCGCUCAUUUGAACGAAUACAAUUUUCAAUGCGACGUCUGCAACAAAAGGCUUCUCACUCAAGAAAAUCUCAACAAUCAUAUGCGUCAACACGAUAGAACGUACGAGUGCAAAGAAUGUGGCAAGGUCUUUGCAACGAAAAGAUAUUUGGCUACGCAUACGACCACUCAUACCGGUGUUAAACCUUACGUUUGUCAAAUUUGUAAGAAGAACUUUCGUACGUCCCACAUGAGGAACACACAUCUAUUAACACAUUCGGCGGAUAGACCUCAUGUUUGUGACCUUUGUGGACAAGCUUUCAAAAGACGAUACUACAUGAUCGAACAUCGAAGAAAACACCCCGACUCUCAUCUAUCCUCGCCCCCUAUGCCGUUUGGAAAAAAUAAGAAUACUUUUGAAAGCAAGAUCGAUUCUAAAUCGGACAUUUUAAAUUAAUAAUGCUCUUCAUUGAUUCUGCUUCCGCCAAUAAUAUUUAUAUUAUUUAAUGAAUCGACAUAGAAAUGAAAAUUAAUGGGCAUAUACGAUUUUAUAAUAACAAUUGUACAUAAUUAGAUACACAGUUACAUCACAAUACUUGUCAUAUAUCUUAGAUAUAUAUAUAUAUAUAUGUAUGUAUUUAUUUGUGAUGAUAUAUAUAUAAGCUAAAUAUAUAUAUAUAUAUUUUA